GUCGGGAGGUUCGAUGUUCCGAAGACGCCAGCUUGUGACGGGGAGGGGGAGGAGGAAGGCUUCCGUAAAAAGGUGCCUUUCGGUCCCUCCGCUCCCGGGGGCCCUCGGAAAAGGCCCGCCAUUCCGACCCCGCGGCUAACCCCUCCCUCAGGCUCUCUCCGCUCGAUUUCGCACCGUUAUGUGGGAAGCGAAUCCGUGAAAUGGCCAAAUGGUGUGAAGAGUGCUGGAAGAGGAGAGCAGAUGUGUGGAGUAGUUAACAGCACAGUUGAUAUUAUAUUUUAAUUCAUCGUCUUUAUUAUCCAGUCAAGACAUAGAAGAAGAUGUUUCACAAGACAGAAGAGUUCUUUCCCAAGAAGAUGGAGAGUGAUGUGGAUGACAUGGACACAUCGGACACUCAGUGGGGCUGGUUCUACCUGGCGGAAUGUGGGAAGUGGCACAUGUUUCAGCCGGAUACCAACAUUCAAUGUUCAGUUAGCAGUGAAGAUAUCGAAAAAAGCUUCAAAACAAACCCUUGUGGCUCCAUUUCCUUUACUACUUCCAAAUUCAGCUACAAGAUAGACUUUGCAGAGAUGAAGCAGAUGAACCUCGUCACUGGAAAACAGCGCCUAAUAAAAAGGGCUCCUUUCUCCAUCAGUGCCUUCAGUUACAUCUGUGAAAAUGAGGCCAUCCCCAUGCCAACACACUGGGAGAACGUGAAUACCGAAGUUCCCUACCAGCUGGUCUCCCUGCAGAACCAGACACAUGAGUAUAAUGAAGUUGCCAGUCUCUUUGGGAAAACGAUGGAUCGGAACCGAAUUAAAAGGAUUCAGAGGAUUCAAAACUUAGACUUAUGGGAGUUCUUUUGCAGGAAAAAGGCUCAGCUCAAGAAAAAGAGAGGUGUUCCUCAGAUCAAUGAGCAAAUGCUGUUUCACGGUACCAGCAGUGAAUUUGUGGAAGCAAUUUGCAUUCACAACUUUGAUUGGAGAAUCAAUGGUGUACAUGGGGCUGUCUUUGGAAAAGGAACCUAUUUCGCUAGAGAUGCUGCGUACUCCAGUCGUUUCUGCAAAGAUGACAUCAAACAUGGUAACACAUUCCAGAUUCACGGGGUCAGCGUGCAGCAGCGACAUCUGUUCAGAACCUAUAAAUCCAUGUUUCUUGCUCGAGUGCUAAUUGGGGAUUACAUAAAUGGAGACUCCAAAUACAUGAGACCUCCUUCCAAAGACGGGAGCUAUGUGAAUUUGUAUGACAGCUGUGUGGAUGACACCUGGAACCCAAAGAUCUUUGUGGUGUUCGAUGCCAACCAGAUCUACCCCGAGUACCUGAUAGACUUUCACUGACCCCACUUCCCAGGCUCAGUGGUCAAAGCUUUGCUCUCUCGUUGCAGGAGGAUUUGGCCCCCUGUCUUCUAGCCGCUAAAUAUAAAUAUUGGAUACUUUUGAAACAGAUUCAGGAAAGAAGCGGCUCCAUAUAUAAAGAAGUACUGGCUGUCAGGUUGGUUAUA